AUGUUCGAAUACUAUAACAGCCUCCCUCUCGGCGAGGAGUGGAAUGAUCCUAUACGUAAUACUGUGUUGAGCAGCCGGAUGACGUCGAUAUCUUCGACGGUGUGGACGCAACUACACCAUUCGUUUUUCGCCACUGCACUGGCCAGCUCGAUUCAGUACCAAACGGGUCUGCUUGGGGACAUCGCCCAUGCGACCGGGGUCGAAACUGUCCUUUCCUUGAACGAGGACGAGAGCACACUCAUGGACCACUUUGAGCACUCUUCCUUUCGCCGGGCAAUCAAUCACAAUAUGCAUGCAACUCAUGAAUAUUGGAAGAUAUUGCUCAACGACACAGAGCACCCCCAAUACCACAAACGCCCAGAUUUCUUUGCUGCAUAUAAGAAAACUUCAUCUGCGCGGGACAUCAUCGAUGAUAUCGAGAAGACGUGGGAAGAUCCCUUUGAUGGUCCUGAAACCGUCCUGGGACUCUUCAGAAAGCGCCUGAACAACUAUCCGACCAAAUUCACUAUCGAUGGGGCGGUGACCGUAGCCAUCCCCGCGUUCUUCGACAACCUCUCAAACGCAGCCGAGGGCACUGAGGAGUUGUCUGAGGAGCUCCGGUUUUUUGAGACGGACCCCGGACAAGGAGAUCGUCCGGCGUUCGGAUGCAGCAUGCAGGGUACAGCGUUGUGCCUACCCGUGCUGCUAGUCAGAGAACAGCUUGGAGAAGGGGCAAAGGGCGAAAUCGCUGCUAGACAGGAGCAGCGCAUUGCCAUCUCCAGUGCUGCCUGGUUUCUGAAGGUCCUCGGCAUUAUCGACUUCCCAGUUUAUGGCCUCAUGAUUGAUGGUCAAUACGCCUACCUAUCCCAAGCUUGGUACUCAGAGAAGGACGAGUGCUGCUUUGUCAUGGACUAUUGCAUCCGGGAACGUCGCUUUGAUGUACAGUUGCAAGAAGGGCAGCAACGCUACAUAGCUUUCCUCAAGAAGAUUGUGGAGCACGGAGAGAGAUUGGAGCGACGCUUCCAGGAUGUCAAACCACAACUCUUAGAGCGCAUGAAAGCAGCAGGCUCGGAGGGUAUCGAAAGCCUUUGGUGGUCGACUACCGCGCAGCGGCGUCGUCAUGGCCUCAGCGCCUAG